GCAUUAAAAAGCUUUUAUUGCUGAGUUCAGAAGAACAAAAAAAAUAUUUUCAUUUUUUAUUUCACUUAUGAAUAUUCGAGAUGAACUGACAGAAUCUACUUUUUGGGAUCUUCUCUCAGAAGUAGUUGGUUGGUCUUAUGUCAUUGUAUGGUCAAUAAGUUUUUAUCCACAAGCUUAUUUAAACUGGAAAAGAAAGAGUGUAAGAGGAUUAUCAAUUGACUUUGUGUCUUAUAAUGUACUUGGAUUCUUUUGCUAUUCGAUUUAUAAUUUGUCGUUUUAUUUUAAUGAUCAAAUCAAACAUGAAUAUCACAAGAGACACCCACAUAGUGAGAAUAGUUUAGUGCGUCUAAACGAUGUUGUCUUUUCUGUACAUGGGUUUUUAUUGUCUUUUUUUAUUCUGUUACAAGCAUGUAUUUAUAAGAAACACAGGAGCCAACAUAUUUCUUCUUUUGCUGCAUCAUUUGUUUGGUUGAAUAUGAUAGCUGCAGUUCUUUUGUUGGCUACAACACAAUAUGGUGGCGCAACUUCCAUUGAUUUCAUGUAUUUUCUUAGUUCUGUCAUGUUAGCCGUCAGUUUUAUUAAAUAUCUUCCUCAGGUAUGGCUCAACUAUAGACGACAAUCAACUCAAGGUUGGAGUAUUGAGUAUAUUCGAUGGGACUUAUCAGGUGGUAUUCUUUCCAUUUUUCAAUUACUUUUGGACGCCUACAUUGAUGGAGAUUGGUCUGGUAUUGAAGGGGACAAUGUGAAACUGUAAGUAGGAGUAGAUAACAAUAUGUUUUAAAUAUAUCUUAGUGGACUUGGCUGUAUUGUUGUAUUUUAUGAUACGUUCUUCUUGAUUCAACAUUAUGUUCUUUACCCAAAAGAUGUAUCUAAACAUCCUAUUCGAGAUGAAAGAAGAAGACUCAUUGAAGAAUGUCGACAGCCGAUUGAAGACUCUGACGAUUUAGUAGAAGAUGAUACAAGUGAUAUUUCAUCUACUUUUAUCACCAAGAGACCUAUCCAUGUUAAUUAUCAUCACUAUGGUUCUGUGCAACAUGAAUUUGUACCUUAUUCUUCAUCUGUUUAACUGUAUAUAUAGAAAGUAUGUGUAUUUAUAGAAUGUUAUAA